AUGGCCCCUCAAAAGGUGCAGUGUCCCAUCUGUGACCGCACCGUGUCGGAAUCAGACAUCAAUCUGCACCUCGAUCUUCAAUGUCCUGGAGCAGCAGGGCCAUCAUCGCCCACAAAACAGCCUUCGUCGCCUCCAAGGCCAAGACUGAGCCAGCCGUCUGCAAGUGGUGGGCAAGGCCAUCUGCGGUCGUCACAGGGAAGCGGUAGAUCUACUGAGACUCCAGCAAGACCUCCAAAGCCUCAGCCGACAUCUCAAUCCAGGCCGGUAGCACCUCCAUUUGCCGGCGCCAAGCGGAGCGCAAGUAUGCGUGAGGACCAUACACCAAACGGUACGGAGAAGAAACCCCGUGUCAACCCUCUCACGGCCAACCAACCUCUGGCCGAACGCUCUCGCCCAUCUUCCUUGAACCAGUAUGUGGGCCAAGACGACCUCGUUGGCCCCGGCAGUCUACUCCGUGCGAGGAUUGAGCGAGGCGAUACCUUCUCGUGUAUUCUGUGGGGCCCUCCGGGAAGCGGAAAGACCACUCUGGCGCGUUUGAUGGCGCGCAUGGCCAAUGCCGACUACAAGGAGCUGUCGGCGACAAGUUCUGGAGCAGCAGACGUUCGGCAGGUGUUCGAACAGGCGAAGAACGGUCUCAAGCUGACGGGGCGGAAGACCGUCCUUCUCGUCGACGAGAUCCAUCGUUUCACCAAGCCUCAGCAGGACUUGUUCUUGCCAUUCGUGGAACAAGGGCAUGUGCAUCUCAUUGGUGCGACCACAGAGAACCCCAGCUUCAAGUGCACCGGUGCUUUGCUGUCUCGCUGUCAAGUCUUUACGCUCUCAGCUCACACACCAAAGGACCUGGAGACCAUCAUGGCUAACGCCUUGACCGCCAUUCCUGACCCUCCACGUCUUCCUCCGACUCUGCUUCCCUUCCUCGCCGAGGUUGCCGACGGUGACGCCCGCGCCGCCCUCAACGGUCUCGAGCUCGCACUGAAGGUUUGUGAAAUGCCCAGCUAUCGCCAGACAACAUUGGACGGCAACGACAACGAGGCAGACUUGGCCAAGCGGGACGAGCGGCUCAUGUACGCUGUUCGUAAUGGGUUGCGCAAGGGGUACAAUCGGACCGGUGAAGAGCACUACGACUUUAUCUCCGCCAUGCACAAGUCGCUCCGAGGCAGCGAUGGCUCGGCGGCAAUGUACUGGCUAGCGAGAAUGUUGACAGGCGGAGAGGAUCCCCUGUACAUUGCACGCCGGCUUGUUGUCGUGGCAUCCGAGGACGUCGGAUUGGCCGACCCAAAAGCCCUGCCCCUUGCCAUCGCUACGCACCAAGCGUGUCAGAUGAUUGGCAUGCCGGAAUGCCGUAUCAAUCUUGCCCACUGCGUGGCCUACUUGGCAGAAGCUCCUAAGUCGACACGCGCAUACGAAGCUUACAAGCGAGCUGAGGCCCUCGCCACGCGGCCACCGCUACCCCCUGUUCCCCUUCAAGUACGCAACGCGCCAACUCACCUCAUGAAGAAGCUCGGGUACGGCAAAGAGUACGCGUACAACCCCGACUUCAGCCAUCCCGUCACCAACGAAUACCUUCCUUCGGAACUGGCAGAGUGCAGUAGCCUCCAUCCCAAUGAGGAUGCUCAUAUUCUGCGUACACCUGAGGCGGAGGCCAGGACAAAGGCUUGGGACGACAGCCGAUUGGCGGAAUGGGAGCACGUAACAGGCAAGACGUGGGAGGCAGGGACGAACAAGACGAAUAAGUAA